UAAGAAUAACUACGAACACUUAAAUAUGAGCAGGCAUGUUCUAAAAUGCUCUACAUAUCUUAACUCAUUUAAUCCUCACAAUCAUCCCAUGAGGUAGGUAUUGUUGUUGCCCCAUUUUAUAUAUUUAGGAAACUGAGUCACAGGAUAAGUAAUUUGCCCAAGUUUACUUAGUUUAUGAAUUUCAAGCUUUUGGCCCUGCUCUUACAGCACACUAUAAUGCCUUUCACAAUUUCAGAUGCUGUAUAAAGUUCAAAUCAAGGAAGGACUGUGAAGUGUCCAUUGGAUUUGGCAUUUAAGAGACUUGCAACAAAAAUUGCAGAAGUAUUGCAAUGAACUCCCAUGUAUCCUUCUACUAACUUACGGUGAUGGCUACCAGAUUUCUCCAUUAUGAAGCUUCUCUUUCCCUUCGUAUUGGGCCUUAUACAUACAGACUGUUCUACAGCCAGAUUUUUUUCACUUAGCAGUAAAUCUCGACAUUGGUCCAUGUCAGUACCUGCAGAUGCACCUCAUUCUUUCUAACUGGUCAUGUAGGAAAUUGCAAAUCAUGUGAAGAUGGGACUCCUGGUAUUUGUACGUAAUCUGCUGCUAGCCCUCUGCCUAUUUCUGGUACUGGGAUUUCUGUAUUAUUCUGCAUGGAAGUUACAUUUACUCCAGUGGGAGGACUCCAAUUCAGUGGUUCUUUCCUAUGACUCCGCUGGACAAACACUAGGCUCAGAGUAUGAUCGGUUGGGCUUCCUCCUGAAGCUGGACUCUAAACUACCCGCUGAGUUGGCCACCAAGUACGCAAACUUUUCAGAGGGAGCUUGCAAGCCCGGCUAUGCUUCAGCUUUGAUGACCGCCAUCUUCCCCCGGUUCUCCAAGCCAGCACCCAUGUUCCUGGAUGACUCCUUUCGCAAGUGGGCUAGGAUCCGAGAGUUCGUGCCACCUUUUGGGAUCAAAGGUCAAGACAAUCUGAUCAAAGCCAUCUUGUCAGCCACCAAAGAGUACCGCCUGACCCCUGCCUUGGACAGCCUCAGCUGCCGCCGCUGUAUUAUCAUAGGCAAUGGAGGCGUCCUUGCCAACAAGUCUCUGGGAUCACGAAUUGACGACUAUGACAUUGUAGUCAGACUGAACUCAGCACCAGUCAAAGGCUUUGAGAAGGACGUGGGCAGCAAAACAACACUGCGCAUCACCUACCCUGAGGGCGCCAUGCAGCGGCCCGAGCAAUAUGAACGAGAUUCUCUCUUUGUCCUCGCUGGCUUCAAGUGGCAGGAUUUCAAGUGGUUGAAGUACAUCGUCUACAAGGAAAGAGUGCCCCUUCCCACCAAGGCCAAGUGCAGGCAGUGUCAAGUAGAUAGCGAGAGAGAGAGAAGACAAAAGUCAGGUCCAGAAAUUCAGAGUGCAUCGGACGGCUUCUGGAAAUCUGUGGCUACUCGAGUGCCCAAGGAGCCCUCUGAGAUUCGCAUCCUCAACCCCUAUUUCAUCCAGGAGGCAGCCUUCACCCUCAUCGGACUGCCCUUCAACAACGGCCUCAUGGGCCGGGGGAACAUCCCGACGCUUGGCAGUGUGGCAGUGACCAUGGCGUUACACGGCUGUGAUGAAGUGGCAGUCGCAGGCUUUGGCUACGACAUGAGCAUGCCAAAUGCACCCCUGCACUACUAUGAGACCGUGCGCAUGGCGGCCAUCAAAGAGUCCUGGACACACAAUAUUCAGCGAGAGAAAGAGUUUCUGCGGAAGCUGGUGAAAGCACGUGUCAUCACUGACCUAACCAGUGGCAUCUGAGGUGGGCCCAGCAUAUGGCCACAGAGGCCCAGGCACCACCAGGAGCAAGCAGCAGCCACUGUCACCUGCCCACUUCAUUGGCCUAGGUCUGGCUCUGCCUGAGAGGCGCGGGAGCCUUCAGGCCCAGAGAAGGACAGUGCCAAGUGGCCCCAGGGGUGGCGAGGCCUUGGCGGGGCAGCCAGAGCUGUGCCCGCAUGGAGGCCAGCCUCAGAGACCAGCACUCAGCCUCACUCGCAGCCUGGGUCCUUGAAGCCGCAGGGCCAGGAGGCAGCCGGCUGUGCCCAGCAGGCCCAGCAUGCAGGAGGUGGGACAUUAGGCAGCAAGGCUGCUGCCAGAAUCAUUUCUCCAAUCAGUGUUUGGUGUAUUAUCCUUUUGUGAAUUUGGGUAGGGGGGAGGGGAGGGAUAAUUUAUUUUUAAAUAAGGUUGGAGAUGUCAAGUUUGGUCCACUUGCCAUGCAGAAAGAGACCACUAGAAGGCCCAUCAGGCAGUGGUAACAAUCAGUGGGCUUGCUGGAGGGCAGAAUUGCCAGAACCAGCCUGUCCUCUUCUCCGGGGCUCCAGGGAGAUGGCCAGGAUCUCAUGCCAGCGCCCUCCAGUUCAUGACACUGUUUGCCUUUCUUGGGGAGAAGAUGGGGUAUUCCCACUCUCCAGCCCCUAGCCAUCCCAACAGAGAAACCCUGGAGCCAUCCCUUCUAUGCCAACAAGACAGCUCAUGGCCUAGAGCAGAGAGAACUUUAGAGCUCAGGAGGCGACACCUGGCCCAGCCCGAUGGGAAGGGCCCCUUCCCCAGCUGCAGCUGAUCUAUGGGACAGUGUCCCAAGCCUGGACUGACCAACUUGUCAGCUGCCCUGGGUUUCAGCAACGAGAUUGCCAGGUCCUUGGGUUCUGCCUUCAGCCCGGGCCAGAUGGAAGUUAGGCCCAAGGAUCUUACCCAGGCUGUGGCAGCUAUCCUGUCAUGGAAGCAAUAAAGCUCUUCCCUGAAUCUG